GUCAGGGGCAGAUAUUAAAGCCUAGGAGGCGGCGCACGGUUGCAGUUUUGUGUGGCGAACGAAGAACGUGCAUACCGGAGGUGUAAGGCGUGCGGUCACCAUGAGGAAGUUGUGGGCUAUUGGCCUUUGCUUCGUCCUGCUAGCUUUUGUCUCUGUGAGAGCAGAAGAUGAUGUAGACAUCGAUGGAACGGUAGAAGAUGACAUUGGAAAAAGCCGGGAAGGCUCAAGAACGGAUGAUGAAGUUGUAAGCAGGGAAGAGGAAGCAAUUCAGCUAGAUGGACUUAAUGCCGCCCAAAUUAAGGAAUUCCGGGAGAAAUCUGAAAAGUUUGCAUUCCAAGCUGAAGUUAACCGAAUGAUGAAACUGAUUAUCAACUCCCUCUACAAAAACAAAGAGAUCUUCCUUCGAGAACUGAUUUCCAAUGCCUCUGAUGCCCUUGACAAGAUCCGGUUAUUUUCUUUGACUGAUGACGAUGCACUUGCUGCUAAUGAAGAACUUACCAUUAAGAUUAAGUGUGAUAAAGAGAAGAACAUGAUGCAUAUAACUGACACUGGCAUUGGCAUGACAAAGGAGGAGCUAGUGAAGAAUUUGGGAACCAUUGCUAAAUCUGGAACAAGUGAAUUUUUGAACAAGUUUACAGAAGUCCAGGAUUCUGCCCAGUCUACCUCUGAGCUGAUUGGACAGUUUGGUGUUGGCUUCUAUUCUGCCUUCCUUGUUGCCGAUCGUGUAAUUGUGACCUCAAAACACAACAAUGGCACACAGCACAUCUGGGAAUCUGAUUCCAAUGAAUUCUCUGUGAGUGAAGAUCCUCGAGGUGACACAUUGGGAAGAGGAACAACCAUAACCUUGGUUUUGAAAGAAGAGGCAACUGAUUAUCUUGAAUUGGAAACCGUUAAGAACCUGGUGCGGAAAUAUUCUCAGUUUAUCAACUUCCCUAUUUAUGUUUGGAGUAGCAAGACUGAGACUGUAGAAGAGCCGAUCGAUGAAGAGGAAGCUAAAGAGGAGGAAAAAGAUGAGGAUGCUGAUGAGGAAGCAGCUGUGGAGGAGGAGCAAGAAGAGAAGAAACCAAAGACCAAGAAGGUUGAGAAGACUAUCUGGGACUGGGAGCUUAUGAAUGACAUCAAGCCCAUCUGGCAGAGACCCGCUAAGGAGGUAGAAGAGGAUGAAUACAUAGCGUUUUAUAAGUCUUUCUCAAAGGAAAGUGAUGAUCCACUGGCUCACAUCCACUUCACCGCUGAAGGAGAGGUUACCUUCAAAUCCAUCUUGUUUGUGCCUUCAACAGCUCCUCGUGGUCUGUUUGAUGAAUAUGGCUCCAAGAAGAGUGACUAUAUCAAACUCUUUGUCCGCAGAGUUUUCAUAACGGACGACUUCCAUGACAUGAUGCCCAAAUACUUGAACUUUGUAAAGGGAGUGGUUGAUUCAGAUGACUUGCCUCUUAAUGUGUCUAGAGAAACUCUACAGCAACAUAAACUGUUAAAGGUUAUAAGAAAGAAGCUGGUACGUAAAACUUUAGACAUGAUUAAGAAAAUUGCAGAAGACAAAUAUAAUGACAAAUUCUGGAAGGAGUUUGGCACAAAUGUCAAACUUGGUGUGAUUGAAGACCACUCUAACCGUACCCGUUUGGCCAAGCUUCUCCGAUUCCAGUCUUCCAACCACAAGACAGAGCUCGCCAGUUUGGAGCAGUAUGUCGAAAGAAUGAAGGAGAAGCAGGAUAAAAUCUAUUUCAUGGCUGGGGCAAGCAGGAAAGAGGUGGAUUCUUCCCCAUUUGUUGAACGUUUGUUGAAGAAAGGUUAUGAAGUCAUCUUCUUAAUUGAACCUGUAGAUGAGUACUGCAUACAGGCCCUGCCAGAGUUUGAUGGCAAGAGAUUCCAGAAUGUUGCCAAGGAAGGGUUAAAGUUUGAUGAAAGUGAGAAGUCAAAGGAAGCACAUGAGGCUCUGGAGAAGGAAUUUGAUCCACUGCUUUCCUGGCUGAAAGAUAAAUCCCUGAAAGACCAGAUUGAAAAAGCUGUCCUAUCCCAACGUUUGACACAGUCCCCAUGUGCACUUGUGGCUAGCCAGUAUGGGUGGUCUGGCAAUAUGGAAAGAAUUAUGAAGGCACAAGCAUAUCAAACUGGAAAAGACAUUUCCACAAGUUACUACUCCAGUCAGAAAAAAACCCUUGAGGUUAACCCAAGACAUCCUUUGAUAAAGGAAAUGUUGCGGAGAGUACAGGAAAAUGAAGACGACCAGACUGUAUCAGACCUUGCAGUUGUACUUCUUGAAACUGCCACGUUGCGGUCAGGAUAUCAGUUACCAGAUACAAAGAGCUACAGUGAAAGAAUAGAAAGAAUGCUGCGACUAAGCUUAAGUAUCGACCUUGAUGCCAAGGUUGAAGAUGAACCAGAGGAGGAAGAGGAGCCAGCAGCAGAUGAAGCAGAGCAGGAAGAGUCAGAUGAUGACGUUGAAGAGGUUGAUGCAGAAGAAAAAGAUGAAACAUCAAAAACAGAAGAGACAGAUAAACAGGGAUCCACACAUGUAAAAGAUGAAUUCUAAAUGCCAUCUCACAACCAACUAGUGGGGGGUGGGCUUUUUCAGUGUUGGAGGGUUUUUUAGUUUUGUUUUUUGUUUAUUUUUUUAAGAAAAACAUUCCUCAUGAAUGUAAAAAUUUGUACUAUUUAUGGUUGUAAAAUCCUUUUCCUGUGAACCCAAGCGUUCUGAAAAGUCACACCGGAUUCACUGUUAUGUAACACGGCAAUGCCAUCCAAGAGAUUGUCAAACAUUGCAAGCUGAAACCUCAAUCAGAUGUUGAAGGGAUUUAAAAUUAACCUGCACAAACCAGAAAAGGACUGGGUAUCUGUUCAUCUUAGUGGACCGUCUCGCACCAAGCUGACUGAUUAAUGGCCUAGCACUACAGAGCAGAACUGGACUCGAAUGUGAAACGUCAAGUAUAAUGGUUAUGUUUGUCUCCUUGGAAAAAAUCCCUGACUAAAAGCGGCUGGUUCAUCUUGUAACACUUCUAGUUAAUGUCGCAAUUUUACAGUCAAUGUCCACAGCAACCUCCUUUCAACAAUAAAGUUGUGGUGACUUUGUUAUUGAA